AUGGCACAAGAAUCUUUCCUUCGUUUGAAACUACUAGUACUCGAUUUAAAUCUUUUCAAAAAUUCGACUAGUAAUGAGCACACUCUCAUUAAAGAACGCUUUACUACACGCAUUUUCCUCGUUUUGUUUCUCUGUUUAUUUAUCACGAUUGGACUAACAGCAUCAUUGCUUUUUUAUACGGUAAAUAAAUCAGAAAGUUCACCAUCAUUAUCAAGAUUUCAAUAUCUCGUAAACAAAUAUCCAAAGACAAUGAACUGUCCAUGUUCAAAUGUUGGAAUUACUUAUCAAACAUUCAUUAGCAUUCAUGUGAAAUUUCAUCAAGUAUGUUCCAGUCAAUAUAUUACCAAAUCAUGGAUUGAAAGUGUCUUUGCACAAAGAAAUCUGUCAUCUUUCAAAUCUGAUGACAUUCAUCAAACGUUAAGUUUCUUCUGGCAAAUAAUUGCAGAUUUCUGUACAAUUAGUAGUCAAGCAUUUGACUCAGCGAUUAUCAAUUUUGGCUCAGCAUUUAUACUCAGCCCGAAGGCCAUCGCACCAAAUAUAAUUGAAAAUGAAAUCUAUUCUGAACUAAAUAGUUAUAUCGCAUCAAUUCAAACAGCAUUACUUCAAAAUUUACUUGCAAUUCAACGAACUAUUUCCGGUAAUCAAUAUGUUUCAGCUUUAACAAAUAAUUUCUAUUUCAUUGCUUUCAAUGAACAAAAUUCUAUUCGAAUGUCACCGAAAGAAUUAAAUAAUUGUUCAUGUAUGAGAAUCACUGGUUGUUCACAUCCAGCUCUGAUAAAUGAAACCAUCAUUCCCGGACUGAUUCUUGAUUGUUAUUUAAUUGAUGCAACAUUAGCUUCGACUUUCGAAUGCUAUUACAAUCAAACUUGUUUUUCUCUUCUACAUGAAAACUUUUCCUCGUCAGUCAAAUUACUUUCCAGCGAACAAAACAAACACGUUGCACUAAACUCGUCAAUUCAAUCGCUUCUAGAACGACUUAUGAUUGAUGAUUUAACUAUUGAAAUUCAUUUCGAUUUAUUCUACGAUCAAUGUAAACCAACAUUUUGUUCAUAUUCCUAUUCUCAUCGUUUUGAUGUGAUGUUUGUCAUUGCAACGUUAAUUAGUAGUUUUGGCGCGUUAUCUUUAAUCUUACCAUACGUUGCUCAGUUGAUAGCAAUAAUUAUUUUAUAUUUUAAAGAAAAGAAAACCAAAAGAACAAAUGAAAAUGCUAUAAAAUCAGUAAAACAGACUCUCAUUGGUGGAAUUCAAUUUAUCUAUGAAAAUAUGAUUAAUUUAAAUCUAUUUGAAAAUAAACUGACAGAUGCGAAAUAUUUAUACGAACAACGAUUUACUACUCGACUUUUCAUUCUAUUUUUCACGAUACUUUUCAUUAUCAUCAGUAUUUUCGUAAUCAUAUCGAAACAGAGUCAAUUGAUAAUGAUUUCUCAGCCAUCAGAAGAAGAUUAUCAACAGCUAAAUGAUAAAUAUGGCUCACUAGUUACUUGCCCUUGUUCACAAAUAUCCGUACCGUAUGGAACAUUUCUUAAUAUUAAUUUUGUUAUUCAUCAGAUGUGUUCGAGUGAUCUCGUUUCAGUAGAAUGGAUUAAUUAUUUGUCAUCAUUUAAUCCAAUGAAUGUAACAGAUUGGAUUAUACCCAGUGUGGCACAAGAUUUUCGAAUUUUUGGCGCGUCGUACUUCCAGUUACUGCAAGUGUUCUGCCAAUUGGCAAAUAAGACGAUUGAAAACGCACAAAAUGUUUUUCUAACAACUGAAUUCAUCAAUAAUAAUCUUAUAUCUCCCGAUAUAUUUUAUCAAAAAUCUACAGACCUAAUGGAAAUAUUCAUUCGUACUACUCAAAAUACUUUCAUUCAGUCGUACCAAUGGCUUGAAGUCGUCAACAUAAUAAAUCUUUUCAUUACAGGCACGGAAUCAAAUUUUGAUGGAAGUAUCAUAGAUCAACAACUUAUCUUGAGCGAUAAACUUCUCCAUCAAGCUGUCUUUAUUAGAUAUGGUGUCCUAGCAGGAGUAGGCCCUUGUAAAUGCUCGACACGGAGCAACAACUGUGCUGUUGGACUACUUCUCUUUAAAAAUGCAUCAGAUAUGUUGGAUGAUGCACAGUUUUUCUCAGAAAUUCCUUAUGGUUGUAUUCCUUGGAAAGGAUUUGUAGGUUCAACAAUUGAUUGGUGGUAUGAUGCAUCUUAUAUCAAUGAUAUUCGAAAUACUUAUAUUGCAGCUAUGCCGACUUCAUUUUCACCAUUUGUAAUACCGCUCAAUCGAUUAACAAAUGAUUCGUUUAGUCAAAUACAGGCUAAGUAUUUAAUUGAAAAUAUGUUUAUUGAAACAAUUGUGGAAAGUCCGGCAAAUUUUUCGGCAUUUUAUCAUCAAUGUGCACCUCGAUCUUGUUCAUAUACAAUUCGAGAAUUUCAAUCUGAUCGAAAUGAUGCAAUCAGUUUACAUUUACAAUUAAUCUGCACACGUGUUUAUCUCAUUAUUUUCAUCAUUUGUUUAGUAAUCUUAAUAUUCUGCGAAUUAUACGAACAGCUUCUUCGUCUUUAUCCGGAUAAUGUCAAUUGUCCAUGCACACAAAUUGCCAUUCCUUAUUCGAAAAUAGUUACUCAACUGAAUGUUACAUCAUUUCAUCAAGUAUGCACAACUUCAUUGUUGCUGAAUAUGUUAGAAAUAGGUCGACCUUUGGGAAGUAUAGGUACUUCGAACAGAUCGUGCUUUGAUGCUUGGAGAUCUUUAUUCCUCACCGGUCUUAAUACUCUAUGUGAAUUAGCAAUAAACAAUGUCAAUAAUAGUAUCGAAAUGUUUCUUUCAUCAACAAUGUUAACAUAUCAAAUGAUUCCUCGGAAUGUGUUUAAUCAACAGAUCGACACUACUCUCACUCGAUUUCGAAAUCAAUUACCAAUUGAAUUUAAUCGAACACUUGAACUUAUUCGAGCAACUAGCCAUGACAAUGCUCUAAUUGCAUAUUUUCCUUCGAAUUGGAAUCUUUUCGUUACAAAUGAUACGAACUCCUUUAUCACCGAACCGAUUGUCUACAAUUCUGUAGAUACGAACUCUUCAUGCUCAUGUGCCACUGAACGAUCUUGUGCAAUGCCAGUAUUAAUUUAUGAUUAUGCAAAUGAAUCGUAUUUUAAUUUACCUGAGAAUGUUUUCUAUAGUUGUACACUAAUUGAAACAAUUCUUCAUUCAUCAUUGUUUUGUUUCUAUUCGGAUGUAUGUGUUCUACGAUAUCGCCGUUUAACAUCUGCAGGACGACUUCAAGAUCGAUAUUUUAAUCAAAUCACUGCGUGCAUCUUUAACGCUUCAUUAACACAUUUCGAUAGAAAUGAUACAAUUAAAACGAUGGCUUCUUCUAUGUUUAUAGAAUCAUGGCUCAGUAAUACAUCCUAUGAAAAUUUCUGUAAAACUUGUUUGCCAACAGAAUGUAUUAGUACCUAUCGCUAUCGGUUCGAUAUUUUCGAAAUAAUUACUACAUUUCUAAGCAUCUAUGCCGGUAUAGCAAUAAUAUUACGAUUUUCACUAAAAUUCGAAACUAUAAACGUGUCCGCCCGCACUACACACUUAUUGACAUUCAUACAUUGGCUUACACAUCGUUUGUUCGUACUAGCUUCGCACUGA